GACUCACCUGAGCUCCUGUGCGUCCUGCAGUUGUUGAUGUUUGGUCGUGUCUUCUGUGUCAGUGUCCUCCCGUGUCUCUGUCCCGUGUCUCUGUCCCGUGUCUCUACAUGCGCGCUCCCGUGUUCGUGGCGCUGGCUGUUUGGCUGCUGAGCGAUGCGGCGGCUCAUCAGUUCACCGAGGAGGACAUGGCCGGUGUCAGACAGCGCAUCAAAUCCAUGUUCUACCAUGCCUACAACAGUUACCUUGACAACGCUUUCCCCUACGACGAGCUUCGCCCACUCACAUGUGACGGACAGGACACCUGGGGCAGUUUCUCGCUCACUCUGAUCGAUGCUCUCGACACUCUGCUGGUUUUGGGAAACCACACAGAGUUCCAGCGCGUGGCGUCGCUCCUCCAAGACACCGUGGACUUCGACAUCGACGUCAACGCCUCCGUGUUCGAGACCAACAUCAGAGUGGUGGGUGGUCUGCUGUCAGCUCAUCUGCUGGCAGGUCGGGCGGGGAUGGAGCUGGAGCCCGGCUGGCCCUGUUCAGGACCGCUGCUGAGGAUGGCCGAGGACGCCGCCAGGAAACUGCUGCCCGCGUUCCAGACCGCCACCGGCAUGCCGUACGGGACAGUGAACCUCCUGAACGGCGUCAGUCCCACUGAAACACCUGUCACUUGUACCGCCGGCGUGGGAACCUUCAUCCUGGAGUUCGCCACGCUGAGUCGACUAACAGGGGACGAAACGUUUGAGAACGCAGCUCGCCGAGCCCUGAGAGCCUUGUGGAAGACCAGAUCUGACAUCGGACUGGUGGGUAACCACAUCGACAUCCUGUCUAAGAAGUGGGUGGCUCAGGAUGCCGGUAUUGGAGCGGGGGUCGACUCCUAUUUUGAGUAUCUGGUGAAAGGAGCCAUCAUGCUGCAGGACGAGGAGCUGCUCAACAUGUUCCAGGAGUACGACCGAGCCAUUCAGAACUACACCCGGUUUGACGACUGGUACCUGUGGGUCCAGAUGCAUAAAGGAACCGUUUCCAUGCCUGUGUUCCAGUCUCUGGAGGCCUUCUGGCCUGGCCUGCAGUCUCUCCUGGGGAACCUGGACAGCGCAGUGAGAACUUUCCAGAAUUAUUACUCAGUAUGGAGACAGUUUGGAGGUCUGCCGGAGUUUUACAGCAUCCCUCAGGGCUACACUGUGGACAAGAGAGAGGGGUACCCGCUGAGACCAGAGCUGAUCGAGAGUGCCAUGUACCUGUUCAGGGCGACAGGGGACCACACCUACCUCCAGCUGGGUCUCGAUGCUCUGGAGUCCAUCGAGAGGAUCGCCAAGACCCCCUGCGGAUACGCUUCUGUUAAAGACCUGCGAGAUCACCAGCUGGACAACAGGAUGGAGUCCUUCUUUCUCGCCGAAACCAUCAAGUACCUCUACCUGCUCUUUGAUCCCGCCCACUUCCUGCAUGGUGGCGGGAUGGAGGGGGCGGGGUCCUGGGAGGAGGGAGGCGAGGGGGGGCAGUGCGUUUUAGGGGCCGGUGGGUUCAUCUUCAACACGGAGGCUCACCCUCUUGACCCGGCGGCGCUCUACUGCUGCAGCCGGCACGCCGAGGACCGACGGGAGCUCAGAGACAUCCUGCUCAGCCUAUCACAGCCCGCGGAAAAGUCCAGCAGCCAAUCGAAGCCUCCCCCCAAACAGACAGGAGGCCAUCCCCUCAGCCAAUCAGAGAGCAUUGCACUAAAACCAGGUGAGAAGAGGACGCCUCCCCUGCUGUCCUGCCCCGUUCAGCCGUUCAGCGCUCGACUCGCCAUCCUGGGACAAGUUUUCACCGAUAACACCUGACCCACCGUCCUGGACCACACGACGACUCCGCACACUUUUACUGCCAUGUGAAAAACAUUUUACAUGUCGGCUUUGAGGGAAGUGAGACAAACAGCCACCAGGAUGUCUGAAAACCUGGAGUCACGAGGUUCCAGUUUCUGAUCCGGGUCAAGUUUUAUGUGGCAGGAAUGAGAAUUCUUGCACAGAUGAACAGAUUUUCUGCUGUGAUGAAGACACUCAGGACCCGUAAACCAAGAGCUCUGACUCACUCUGCUGUGUUGACUCUGGGGCUCUAAUUUAAACUGAAGGUGAAAUAGAUUUUUAUUUAUUAAACAUGUUGUUGUUGUUGUGUGAUUUGUCAUAUUCUUAUUUGUUUACCGCCCGCUCUGUUCCUGUCCACCUGUGGCUGCAGUUGUGUAAAGCUGCCAGUAGGGGGCAGCACCAAAGUGUCCAUCCAUCAUCAACUAAAUCUAUGGCCCUCAACCUGGGGCCAGGAUCCUGCAGGGCCUCCGGUGGUACUUUUGGAGGCAUUGUGAGAUGGUAUACAAGAUUAUAAAAACACUUCUUGUUCACUCAUUGACUAAAAUAUUCUUUUUAUCUGAUAUUAAGAUUUUUCAUGUGAAAGAGGAAGUUUUUAGAUGACUGAAGGAUGAAUAAAAUGACCGGAAACACAAUCCUCUUUUUACAUGAGCUGCCCUCGACCAUCUGCAAGAACAUUUAUGGAAAUUAAGACUCCUAAAAC